AUGUGGUCCGUGACUGACGUGGCACGACAGACAGAACCCGUCAGCAAUGGUGGUGGCUGCAGCACCGCCGAAAUCGCCAAAGCUGCCCAUUGUACCCCACGAUCAAUCAGCACUGCCCGCUCGAACCUACGAUGCUUUGGAAGUGUCAAGGCCCCUCCAAACGGUAUUGGACGACGACGGACGAUCACCCCACCGAUGCUUGAAGCUCUCUGUGAGCGCCUCCUCGAAAAGCCAGAUCAACCAAGAUGA